CUAGAAGGAUUAUCUUCUGAUCGAAAUACUAAUCAACUUCCUACUACUUUCAUGCAUUUGAAGAAGGCCAACUAUGUCGGCCCUUCCCAAGAAUUCCAAGAAAGUGAAUCACUUCAAUACACAGGUGAAUUGUACGAAAAUAAAUUGAAUCCAGAUAAUUUAUACGUAGAUGAAUUUUACCAAGAUGAAUCAUAUUUAAAUGAGUCAUACCAAGCUGAAUUAUACCUGGACGAACACUCUGAAGAACACCCUAAAGAAUACCCUGAAGAACGCCCUGAAGAACACCCUGAAGAGCGCCCUGAAAAGCGUCCUGAAGAACGCCCUGAAGAAUCGUGCCCUAAUGAAUCAUCAUCUCAAGG